CCGGAAACUAAGCAUGAAGGUAACAAAGUCUUUCCUCAUUGCUGCCGUUGUGGCUUUUAUUUUUACUAAUAUGUCCAAAGGUAUUAAUAUUAAUGAAGAAACUGAACAGCCUGCCUGUGAUAAAUACAUAUUACCAGCAUGCGCGAGGAAUUAUGCUCCUGUCUGCGGUACAGAUGGCAACACGUACUCAAAUGAAUGCUUGAUGUGUCUUGAGAUCAAACAAAGGAAAGCCAACAUCCGUAUAACGAAACAUGCAGAAUGCAACCGUUAGACAUUUCAAUACCAGAUGAUAGAGCGUAUUUUGUAAAAGCAAUGAAUGAGUAAUUGUGAACAAAAUAAACAGAAUAUGAA